AUGGCUUCAGCAGUUUGGCGCCGGAAGUCCAUCGUUCGUGCUACCGUCAUGGCCGCCUCCAGGGUAAGGCGCUUGCUAACGGUCCUGACUCUUCUGGCCGCUUUUGUGCUGCCGAUGUGUUCUUCUCAGGUCAACUUUGCCCUUCGUGGACAAGGCAGUGUGCGGUCGCUGCGCAAGCGCGACGGACUUGAGCUGCACACGAAAGCUUCGCACAAGAAUUCUGUGCUGAGCAGGGAAGGAGCAGAUGUGCUCGAAAGCAUUCAGCUGGCUCGUGGAGCUGGGGACUGGAUAAAAGUCAAGUCUUUGUAUGCGUCUUAUACUGGAGCCGAAAUUCAGGUUUUCAACGCGGUCUUGCAUACAUCCGUAGAGUGUGUGCAAUACAAAGCAGGCGCUGAUAUCUUUGAUAGUUUAUGCGAUAUGGCUAUCACGAAAACAUCAGCCACCUACUCAGCAGCUCUCAAGAUAUUCGCAAAGUUGGGGCGCAACGCGACUGUCAAAGCGCUUUGGGAGGAAGCUCGAAACAAUCCGGCAUGUGAGGUGAAUGAGCCUUUGGCAGCAGCACGAAUAGAUGCUGCUGCAGAAGAAGGGGAUGUUGAAUCGGCUCUUUUGGUGUUGAAUUACAUGACCCAGACAAACGUCAGUAUCAAUAUCGCUCACGUCACGAAUGCCAUCCGUGCCUGCUGGACCGCCGGAGGUGUCAUGUACAAGACAGCUGAACGGCUGUUUAACUUGACCGCAACACUGGGACUGGAACCCAACAUCGUGACCUUUUCUUGCCUUGUAGGGGCUUACGGUGCAGCGCCGCUGGAGAAGGCCCUUGCUGCAUAUGCAGACAUGCGAAGGAUGGGGAUUCAGCCCAAUCCACCAUUCGCAGACGCUUACCUGGGUGCCAUUCUACAGAAGCCGCUUGCAGCCAGCUGGCGGCCAGCAGAGAUCAUGGAUGCGCUUCAGCUAAUCCAGGACGAGGCCCCGGAACGCAUUGAAGCCGCCAAGCUGACCUUGAACGAGUUCAGGGACCUCGGUGUCGAGCUCAGCGACUUAUCACGGCGUAUAGACGCAGCACUCGAAAAGUGGGAUUCCUAA